AUGGGUCUAGACGGUGUACCGCAAGCCCAAGCCGUAACAGUGAGUCUCAACGACCUCAUCAAUGGCACCGUCUCCUUCGAAACCCUCACCGAAGCAUUCGGCCCCUCCUCCCUAGGCAUAAUCGUCGUCAAAGACCUCGACCCGGAAUUCCAACGGCUACGCACCCAAGUCCUCUCCAACGCAUCCUACCUCGCAGCCCUCCCCAACGACGAACUAGAAACCCUAACCAGCCCAUCAGCAAAAUACCUCGUAGGCUGGUCCUGCGGCAAAGAAACGCUACGAUCCGGCCACUUCGACACGCUGAAGGGAUCCUACUACGUCAACUGCGCAUUCUACCAGGACCCAUCACUGCAAGGCGCCCCAGCCGACAACUUCCCCGAUCUAUCCGAGUACACGGCCCCGAACAUCUGGCCGCCGGCAGAGCGACUGCCCACGUUCCGGCCAGCGCUGGAACAGCUCUGCACGCUUAUUAUCGACACGGCGGCGCUGGUGGCGAGGGCGUGUGAUCGCUACGCGACGGCGAAUAUCGACGGUUACAAGAGCGGGUAUUUGGAGCAUGUUGUGCGGACGAGUUUGACGACCAAGGCGCGGUUGUUGCAUUAUUUUCCUGCGGAGGGCGGCGGUGCUUCCGACGGAGAGGGCGAUGAUGACUGGUGCGCGACCCAUUUGGAUCAUGGGUGUUUGACCGGGUUGACUUCCGCGAUGUUUGUGGAUGAGGCUGCUAGUCCCCCCGCGGACGGAGCGGAGCUUGCUGAGUUGGGCGCUUCGCCGGAUCCUAAGGCUGGGCUUUAUAUUCAGUCCCGGACUGGGAUGUGGUUAAGGGCUGUGCCGCAUUUUGUUAAGGGCGCGAAACCUUCUGGGGGGAGGAGGAUCGCGAGAAAUACGCUGGCGGUGUUCACGCAGCCGAAUUUGGAGGAGGAGGUGGAGGGUGGGAAGAGUUUUGCGGAGUUUGCGAGGGAGGUCGUGGCGAGGACUUAUUAG